AGUGGUCGCAUCCCCCAAAACAGAUGCUUACGUCAUUGUUGUCGGGUUUCAAAUAUUCUGCAUAUCACACCGGUGCAGAAGACGCAGGGAUUGUAGAACCUGUGAUUAUUCAUGUGAUUAAUAGAGCUCAUGCCUUCUUCAGCUACGAAUUUUAUCAAUGGACCAACACGUAGUUGUGAAACAGAAGACUACAACGUUUUGGCUUCUUAGCGACGUAUUAGUUUGCCAAAUCGAAACAAAAAUGGCGGAAGACGACGAAAUGUCAGAAAUAGCUGAUGCGUUGAUUAUCACAAAUCUUGAAACAGCCGUAUUUGAUGAUGCAGCCUUCAAGAGUGAAUUUGAGGCAGCAUUUAAAGAGUAUGAUUCUGGAGCAACUUUCAACUAUUUAAAAAGCUUUAGAAGAGCACGAGUAAAUUUUUCAACCACAGAGGCGACAGUUCAAGCAAGGCUGGGUUUGAAUGAUAAAGUAGUUUGUGGACAGCCUAUUAAAUGUUAUUUUGCGCAGGUUCCUAAAAGCACAGAUGACCAUCUUCACCCACCUAAGCCAGAAAAAAUGUUCCUUAUCUCACCACCCUGUUCACCACCAGUGGGAUGGGAACAACAUCGGGAGGCAGAGCCUGUCCUCAACUUUGAGCUUAUCCAAGCUUUGUCAAAUCUUUCUCCAGGAGAAAGCCAUGAGGUGCACCCAGCUUCGGAAUCUCAGCCUGGAAUUGUAGUUCAUGUAUGUGAAGAUCCAGAAGGCUAUGGUGAGAGACCUAACAUUGUGCAAACUCACUGUCCUGAGCAUAAUUAGCCACAGCUGGUCUGGAUGCAGCUUACCAUUGUGUAAUGCCACUUUUGCUCAUCAGCACUGCCAGCAACCACCUUUUCUGUGAACAAGAAAUAAUUAGGUAAAAGCCAUCCCUGUGAAAAUGUCAAUGCAUUAGUUUGGUGUUGACAUGUAGGUCUGUACGCAAGCCAUCAACACUCCCAGUUGAUUUGUUCCUGACACUAGCAAUGUGUUCUAAGAAGUGCUUAUUUUGGUCAAAAAGGACUUUUCCAAGAGGUGCAAUGUAAGACUGUCGUGCCAAUGGCUUCUUUGAUGCUUUCAAGAGCCAAAUUAUGCACAAUUGUUUUUUGUUUUUUUUUAAGUACAGGAUUUUUAAGAGAAUAUUUGCAAAAUUUAUUGCACUGGGCUUUGCCUGUAGACCGAUAUUCGGCCUUAAAACUCAAUGCAGAUUUGUCUUAUUAAUAUUUACCCUUGGUUUAUCUCAAUGUAGUUCAUAAAAAUCAGCCUUUGUGACCUUAUGAAGACUGAUCUUUUAAGAAAUAGUUAAAGAUACCACUGUUUUGGCAAAUCCAGAAAGUGGGCAGACUUCUUUUAUUGCACAAAAGCUUCAUGUGAUGGUUGUAUCAACUUUAAGGAAAAUAUUUGAACUAUGGAAUUACAUGCUAUAUAAUUACAUCUAUUAGAAUUAUUUAUGCUGCUAAGAGGUUAUCGGUUUUUAAGUUUUGGAAAAAAAAAAAAGUGAAGUGAAAUUUGCAAGGGGAAAAAAUCUGUUAGUAACUUAGCAUUCUUCAUUAUAAACAUUUAUGCAUUUCAAGAAUUUUCAGUAAAUGAGUACUCAAGUAAUUCUAUGCUGGCAUAGAAACUUGGCAUAUUUGGAUCAAUAAGCACUUCCCAUUUUGGUUGGGCAAUUUUCAGUGGAUGGCAUGAUCACUUGUCAAGACUGUGCUGUUAUGCAAAUAACACCAAAAGCCAGGAACAUUUUAGAAAAGAGCCCACCAAAAUGCAUGGUGCGACCUGUGUGAAUUUCUGCCUUUUUAUGCCACCAAGCCAACUCAUUGCCCAUGAUUGGGUGGGUCAUCCUGCCUGUUGAUCUUGCCUUGUCUAGACCAAAUGUCUGCUACUGAAGUCAUCACCAGUUGCAUUUCUUGCCUGUAUUUUGGGGUUGGGUGGGUGAAGUGGAAUAAGUGUUUAACACAGCAUUUUCCUUGUGAUGUUACUUUUGUAAUCUGUUUCAUACAUGUUAAAUAUAUAAUUGCCUAUUUUCCACUUGAAUCUGGUCUAGACUUGUUGAUUAAAGUGGUUAGGCAAAGGAGGAGACGCAGACACGUACAAACCUUUGCUGAUAUUCUUAAUGAUAGUGUGGAUUCAGUAACAUAUAUACAGCACUGUUUAAGUGGUGCACAAAUGGCCUUCAUGAGUUUAUGCGAGGCAAACAGCACAGCCCAAGUGCUAGGAAGUGCUCAGUGCUGUCCAAGUUGUUACCAAGCUAUCAGAUUUGUUUAAUGUCUGCUGUUUAGGAUCAACUCAGUAAGCAAAUAUACCUUUAAAGCACCAUAGGUAACUGAUGCUACAUGUGGCUUAUCUUGCAUGGCAAGAGUACAAGAAAGAACAAAUAUGACCACGUCCAGCUAUAAACCAAAGAGCUAUUAACUUCUUACCAGUUGCACUAAAUCUAUAUGCCCCAUCUGAAGAAAGAAUCUCUACCUCAAUAAGACAUUCAAAAGGUUUAUCACAGUUUAUAAGUUCUGGCAAACUGUCAACUUAUGCCUAUGUUAUUUCAGAAAGCUCUUCAUUUCAAGAAUGUAGCCAACUGUUAACAUUUGAGUCUAUAGUGACAACUGAAAACACUGACUAGUGCAUAUUUGUUUGGCUGCGUGGUGUGAAUUUUCAACAGCGGCACAUCUACAACUCCUUGGGACCAGUAAACAAAGAUAUAUUAGGGUCAUAGUGGAAAAAGUAACAGCUUAGUAUAAAAAUACAUGUGGCACACCCUAGUUGUAGCAGUGUAUACUAAUUUGGAUGGAAUAUUGUCUGUCUUUUUAUGCAUGUAAAUAUUAAAAAGCCUAUACUAUUUUGUAAUGUCCUAGCUAUUUUUUUUCUACAACCUUGGUUUUCAGUACUUAUUUUUGAGAACACUACCAAAUCCAUCACAAGGUGGUCAGCACCUUUGAAUGGGGUAAAAAUAUUCUUAACAGGCUUGAAACACGUGCAAGGCAAAUAAAUCUACAUAACACUUAAAAUGUUUUUUUUUUUUUUUAUUGAGAAUGUAUGCUCCCAGCUGUCACGUAGCAUAAACAUUUCCAAGUAAAAAUUUAAGAUUUUCAGGAAAUAUUUAUGAAUUAUAAUACUAAUCAAGAAAAAAUGGGUUUUACUAUGAAGCAUGCUGACAAUUCUGUUUAGCUUUAGAGCUAAGCUCCUGUUAAAGAGUGAUGCUGUAACAAAUAAUUCUGCUAUUCAGACCAAAACUACUGGGUGGAAAAGAAUUGGCUAACACAUUGAAACCCCUCUCACAACCCCUGUGCUAUUUCUAUAAUCCAACAGCACGAAGAACACUUUAUCAAUAAGUUAAAGAGUUAACUACACCUGAACAGAAAAAUGCUCUCUCAGCUUUUCCAAAAAAAAAAAA